GCCAGCUGCGCCUCACAGAAGUACGCCUAGCUGUAAGCCGCGGGCCAAGCAGAAUUGGUCAGCUCCUCCUAGCUUUCAUCUGAUAGCACCCCGCUCAACUUCGAAAUGAACUAUGAUCCCAGGUAACAUGGAAUCUAGGCCAUAUCAUAAUCCGUGAUCUAGACAUUAUUGUACAGGCUUCUGAAUAGUGAUGACAGAAGACUUGUUCAUACCGGGAAUCUGGUGGAGCUCGACAAAUUCGUGCGAGGCAGGAUUGCUCGAUCCCCGGGAACCUCUUCCGCCGAAUUCCAACCACAAUGCCAGCCUUCGAGAGUGGGACUUCGACAGAAGAAACCCAAGGCACCGAAAAGAUGAUAAUGGGACGACUGAGCCGAAGAGUGUUCUCCCCCCUUUAUCAGUGUCGGUUACUGGUCGGAUUCUUCACAAUUCCGCGAGGAUCAGCACCUUGCACGUCUUCUAUAAUAAAACGGAUGCGGCUAUUGAGCAUAGUUCGUACUAUUUCCUUCUUCCGGCAGGGUGGUUGGUGGUCAAAUUUGAAUGCCGCAUUGGUUGUCAAAAGAUAAUGAGAGCCCGGGUAGAGAAAGAAAAAGAGGCUCAAACCUUUUUCCACGAUGCAACAACUAGUGGCGAGACCGCUGGUCUGUUAAAGCAAGUCACACGAAAUAUUUUCGGCGCCAAGCUUGGCAAUAUCCCAGCAAGAAUGAAAGUCAAGAUCGAAUUCACUUUCAUCACGCAGCUGGAAGUCACUCAAGAUGACUAUGCAAAGCUAGUAAUCCCAAUGUUUCUCGCCCCUCGGCCAACGAGCCUAUCACCUGGGAAGAGCCAGUAUUCAAGUUUGACCGACCUUCCACGGCGAUUUUCUGUUGAAAUACAGGUUGAAGGCGAACCAGAAAAUCUGAGAGUCAAUAGUCCCAGCCACGAAAUCCGCAUCGAAAAGUUGUGCCGUCCAAUAAAUGUCAAUAGUUGGUCUGCUCUUGCUGGUUCCAACCCGCAAGAAAUUAUUCCAACAUCAGUGGUCACUUGGCAAGGAGGUCCAGAUUGUUUGAAUGGAGAUUUCGUUCUCGAAAUUGAGAAUGAAAAAGUUGACACAAUUCAAGCUUGGAAGGAGACCCACGAUAGUAUAAACGCGGGACAACAAGCUCUUAUGAUUACGUUUCCCCCCAUUGCCCCCGAGGAGGACAGGCACUCCAUGAGCGAUGGCGAGGUGAUCUUUGUCGCCGAUUGUUCGGGAUCCAUGGCCGACAAAAUGGAAACAUUAAUAUCCAUGAUGGAACUUUUGCUCAAAGGAGUACCGCUGGGAUGGAAGUUCAACGUCUGGAGAUUUGGAAGUCGGCAAGAUAGAUUAUGGCCACAUUCUCAUGACUAUUCUAGCCAAUCUCUGGAAACGGCGCUUGCGUAUAUCCAAGCCGCCCUGCGCCCAGACCUGGAAGGCAGUGACCUCCUCCCUGCAUUAACUGAGAUAUUAAGCAAGCGUGAUCCAUUGGGACGGACAGAAAUAAUUUUGAUUACUGACGGCAAGCUAUGGUACAUGGACAAAAUUAACCACUAUCUCCGACGGGCUAGAGCAAAUGAUAAUAGGCUGCGACUUUUUGCACUCGGCCUAGGUGCGGAUGUCUCUAGGAGAGACAUAGAAAGGAUCGCAAUGUCUGGAGCCGGGUACGCGGACAUAGUACGGACCAAUCACAUAAAAAGGGAAGACAUUGCGGUGCAUAUGAUGCGCGCUGCCUUAUCCCAACAUAUCAACUUAGAAGAUAUUGAAUUGUGACAAGGGCUCUUAUAGAGGGCUUGGAACUUAGUUAUAUUCAUUAAUAAUCUACUAGGGGUCUCUAGGGCCUUGAUUUCUCU